UUGUAAUAUGCAAUAGGAACAUCUGACAGCAGUAAUCAUGGUGGUAAUGAAUAGAACCUUAUCUUUCGAAGCGGUUUAGGCCGCACGCAGAGGAAUUCCGUGCCAGGCACAUUUCCCUAUCGCGAACGAUUCUGAACUUCGUAGUACCCGACGUAACCGCCUGCUAUAUUUCAAAGGUUAAGUAGGUCGUAAUUCCGUGAUUACAGCUCGUUUUUGCAUUGACUUUAGGCUAUGAUAAAAGUUUAUGUCAUAACCUUAAAAGUUUGAAACUAGACAUGAUAACCGAGUCGUUUACUAUAACCGUAGGUAUUUAUAAUUACAUCACAAUAAAGAAUUCGUAUAAUUAAAUUUUAUUGUCAUUAACUAUUUUAUAAACUCAUUCUUUUAUCACAUCUAAUUUUGAUGGAAAUUGUCUUAAAAUCGUCUUAAAUCACACACUAAUUUUGAUCGCAAUAAAUUAAAAAAGCAACUUAAUAUUACAACAACGUUUUCGGAAUAAUGAUAUUAAUCAAGGCAGUUUUACUCGUGAAUAAGGACUCAACGUCUACAAUUACGACAAUGUUUUGAAAACGUUAAUCGCAACCGUGGUAAAUUUGAUUCGGAGUCGACUGUGGGAAUAAUUUGUAUUGUUUUCACCUUCGUGUUACGCGGACGACAUCACAAUGGAUUUGCAGGUCGUUGGUCUCAUCUCUUUGCUAUCUCUUGUGAAUGGGUUUAACUAUCAGCAGCGAUGUUUAUUGUAUAACAAGCGUUGCGUAUCGUACUGUCCACGUUUGAUGCAUCCGUAUCACACAAGAUGUGAUGCGAACACAAUUUCUCAAAGGACUUGCGACAAUCCACAAAUUUACGAAAUGGGUUAUACAUGUGGAUGGUCUAGAUGUGAUUGCAAUGGUGAUUUGGUACUAGACGAAGAAACAGGACUUUGUGUUGACUUGGACGCUUGCCAACUUAAAAAUGUCAAAUCUAAAAAAUCUAAAUCAAGAAAGUCUUACGGGUUACGAAAGAAUCUAAGAGUUGACAAUGAUGACGACAAUCCUAUCCGACAAAUGUGAAUAGUUUAGUUUUAGUUUUAUGAUAUUUGGAUAACAAAAUAAGGAAAAAGAUGUGUUUUUGGGAAAUGUAAUAAAAAUAAUUUAUAAGAGU